AUGGGUUGUUGCGCCUCACGCACGAGCGACGACGGUCCCCCUGCAGUCCGCGCGCAUUCGUCGUCGCGCAACAUCACGGCGCCCUCGACGCGACCAAGCUCCAUUCCCUCACCACGCCCAUCACAUGCCUCGCACGACAAUGCGCAUCCACCCCGUGCCAACGACCGCCCAAACUCGCCUCUAAAGCCGAUUCCCUCAACUCAGCGCUCGCGCUUGCCUAAUACGCUCGCUUCAACCACUACCAAGACGAGUAGCCGCGUCAAACCUCUGACAGACUCUACAAACCUGACAUGGACGCCAUCGCGACUGGAGAAGGAGCGCGGAGACUGGUGGGAUACACAAGUCACGGGGUCGGAACAGAUAUGGCGCGCUAUACGGCUCGUCGCGCAGUAUCUAAAGUCUGGAGAGCUACAAGAAGCUCAGACGAUGCUAGAUGCGAUUGACUGCACAUGCCCCACAGGCCUUCUAUGGCGAGGCGUAUACGAUCCCACAGGCGUCCAAUAUAAAGUUCCCGAGUGGGUGAUUGUGGAGCCCGAGGGAUUGGCGGAAGAGGGUGACGAGGAAGACAAGGACAUACAUGGAGACGCUAGUUCCAGCGCUAUGCACGAGACACUCGACGACGCGGUCGACGACAAAUCCAAUAGCCUCAUACGUGUGCGAGUAAGGACGAGUCAUGACCAGAAGGAUGUUCUGCUUGUCAUACGAAUGAAAGACUCGGUCGCAACAAUCACUGAGAAGCUAAAGGAACAAGCAAAGCUCGAUCCCACCGUCAUAAUCCGUCUCGCCUACGGCGGACGCGUCUACCAAGACAGCGAGACGCUCGAAUCCCAGCCCUACUGGGACUUUGCCAACAACUUUGUUCUCACUGCGCUCGUGUUCCAGUAA